AUGAUCUUCUCUUUUGUGCAUGCCCUAUGUACGGUAGAGGGUCGUCGGGACUUAUGGGCUAAGCUUUUAGCUGAUAAGCCUCAUUCACUGCCUUGGUGUAUCGGGGGAGAUUUUAACGUCAUUGUGAAUGGCCAUGAAAAACGAGGGGGGCGCCCAUUUAUGGUGUCGGAAGGGAGCGAAUUCCUGGCAUUCAUGGAGGAGGCUGAGAUCUUUGAUGCUGGAUUUUCGGGGUUGAGCUAUACAUGGUGCAAUAAUAGGCGGGGUAGGGCUAGAAUUUGGAAGAGAUUGGAUAGAUUGCUCAUUAAUGGGGAGUGUUCAGAUUUGGCUUCGGCAAUUUCAGUUGUGCAUCUGGCACGACAUCCGUUAGACCAUGCCCCGCUGAAAAUUUCAUUUGCUUUGAGAAUGGACAAUGGGCCGCGGCCGUUUAGAUUUUUAAAUGUUUGGACGUCCAAACCGGAGUUGUUGGGGGUCAUUAGGGAGGCAUGGGACACUGAGGUGCAAGGGUCGCCGCUUAGAGCCCUGUGCUCAAAGUUAUUAACUGUUCGCCGGGCGAUUCAGUUGUGGAAUAAACAACAUUUCGGUGAUAUUGGAACAACUGUUCGGGAAGCAGAGGUGGGGCUUUCAAGGGCCGAUGAGGAAUUAACACAUGACAGGUCUGACGGGGUUCUCGAGAACGUUCACAGGGCGCAGGCAGAGCUUAAUCGGGCUUUGGCAAUUGAGGAAUAG